AUUUCACUCAAAUUUACGGACUUAUAUCCCGGAUAUGAUGGCAAGGCUUUGCAUGUAGUAUAUAUAGUUGUAUGGUGUAUAAUGAUUUAUGACCGUGCCUGUCAGCAUUUGAGACCCGCGUUCGGGGAUCUUCUGUCCGGUUCGUGUUACGGGAGUUUCCAUGAGAAAUAACAAAAUGACCCAGCACCCGAAGUACUUCAACACAGCCUCCAUUUGCGCUAUUUGUGUCUGUUUAUGUUCUUAUUUGUGUCGUGUUAUAUCAUCUGCCAUGUUAUCUGUGUUUGUUAUGCGCUACUGAUGUACACUGAAGAUUCUCACCAGUGCACUGUCGCAGGCCACGACUCAAAACAUCAGACUCAUCCGCGCAGUUGAGCAGCGCCGAAUCACAACUCACGUAAAGAAAUACCUCCGCACAUCACCUGCAGUAGCAAUUACAAACUGAGAUGGCGACAAAGAGGCCAAUCCUACGGACUGCCGCUUUAAAGCUUGGAAACUGCCAACUGUGAAGUCACCACUCGGACAGGAGCCUCAGGAUGAGAAGAUGGCAGCCAUACUGUUUCCACCGGGUCCUGACAGUCUACACCGGUUCACUCGUGAGUCCCUGGCUGGAAUCGAACAGCGGAUCGCUGAGGAACAGGCCCGGAAUGCCAAAAAGUAUCAGGAAGAUCUGGGCGACGUGGAGCCGCCCAAGUCCCGGGCCGACCUGGAGGCCGGCAAACAGCUCCCUCGAAUCUUUGGAGACAUUCCGUCGGAACUGGUGGGCGUCCCUCUGGAGGAUAUCGACUCGUUUUACUUCCAGAACAAAAAAACGUUUAUAGUACUGAACAAAGGGAAGGCCAUCUUCCGCUUUAGUGCCACUUCUGCACUCUAUAUCUUUAGUCCUUUUCAUCCUGUGAGAAGAGCAUCAAUAAGGAUUUUAGUACACUCUUUAUUCAGUCUUUUCAUUAUGUGCACUAUUUUGACCAACUGUUGUUUUAUGGCCAUGUCUGAACCAGCGCAGUGGGCCAAAUAUGUGGAAUACACUUUUACUGGCAUUUAUACGUUUGAGUCGUUGAUCAAAAUCCUGGCGAGGGGCUUCUGCAUCGGGCCCUUCACCUUCCUGAGGGACCCCUGGAACUGGCUGGACUUCAGCGUCAUUGUUAUGGCAUAUGUUACUGAGUUUGUGGACCUGGGCAAUGUCUCAGCGUUACGGACAUUCAGGGUUCUGCGAGCGCUGAAAACUAUCUCAGUCAUCCCAGGUCUGAAGACUAUCGUUGGUGCUCUGAUUCAGUCGGUGAAGAAGCUGGCUGACGUCAUGAUCCUCACCGUCUUCUGCCUCAGCGUGUUCGCUCUCAUCGGCCUGCAGCUCUUCAUGGGAAACCUGCGACAGAAAUGCGUCCGCAGCCCCGCGCACUGUCUCAACACCACCAUACCUUCAUAUUACAACAGCACUUUUAUCUGCAAUAACAGAACCUGGUCUUCUGUGGAGGAUUUCCUCACUAAUGAAGACAAUUACUUCAAAGUGGAAGGAGCUAAGGACGCCUUAAUAUGUGGAAACGCAAGUGAUGCUGGGAAAUGUCCGGAUGGUUUUGAAUGUAUGAAGACGGGCCGGAACCCAAACUACGGCUACACGAGUUUCGACACCUUCGGCUGGGCUUUUCUCUCGCUCUUCAGACUGAUGACUCAAGAUUACUGGGAAAACCUUUAUCAUCAUACUCUGCGGUCGGCGGGAAAAGCUUACAUGGUGUUUUUCGUGUUGGUGAUCUUUCUGGGAUCUUUCUAUCUGGUGAAUCUGAUUCUGGCUGUGGUGGCCAUGGCCUAUGAGGAGCAGAACCAGGCCACCAUCGCUGAAGCCCUCCAGAAAGAGCAAGAGUUUCAACAGGCUAUGGAACAGCUGAAGAAAGAGCAACAGAUGGCUCAGAAAGCACAGGAAACCGAAUCCAUCCUGACGGCAGACGUGUCGCCCUUCUCCUCACAGGACAACAGAGGGAAUCUGGACCGGAGGAAAAGCUCGAGGCCGAUGUCAGAGGGGACAGAAGACAGCAAAACAACAAAGCUGGACACUAUUGAGGGAAUGAAGCAAACACAUUCUCUGCUGGUCCGAACUCUCUCCCUGCGGGCCAGGCGUGAAAGUCAGGUCAGCAUCUUUAACUUCCGACCGCUGAACAAGGACUCCGAGCUGGAUUUCGCAGACGACGAGUUUAGCAAUCACGGAGACUCGGACAGCCGCGGCGGCUCGCUGGCUGUGCCCUGGAACCGGCGACGGACGAGCGCUCUGAGCACCUGCAGUCACGGCUCGCAGUUCUUCUUCCCCAGUCUGAACGGGAAGCUGUUCGUGGCCAUCGAUCAGAACGGAAUCUCCAGUCAGGGGCCGCUGUCUCCACUUCCAUCCUGCACCAUGGAGAAGGUCAAAGAGGAAAGUGGUCACAACUCCACCAAUGAGCUGAGCAGUAUGCUUCUGCCCCAGCUGCCCCAGGAGGGUCGAAACCGGACCCUGAGCGCCACCAGCUACAUCACUGAUGCCAUGGAAGAACUGGAGGAAGCUCAGCAGAGGUGUCACCCGUGCUGGUACGUGUUCGCUCACAAGUAUCUGGUGUGGACGUGUUCUCCCGGCUGGCUGAAACUGAAAGAAUGGAUGAAGUUUAUGGCGAUGGAUCCCUUCCUGGAUCUGGGCAUCACCAUCUGCAUCGUUCUCAACACGCUCUUCAUGGCACUGGAACAUUACCCCAUGACCGACGAGUUCAACAAGAUGCUGUCUGUGGGCAACCUGGUGUUCACUGGGAUCUUCACAGCAGAGAUGGUCCUGAAGAUCAUCGCUCUGGAUCCGUACUAUUAUUUUCAGCAGGGCUGGAACAUCUUUGACAGUCUGAUCGUCAGUCUGAGUCUGAUGGAGCUCGGUCUGUCCAACGUUGAGGGUCUGUCUGUCCUGCGCUCCUUCAGACUGCUGAGAGUUUUCAAGCUGGCCAAGUCAUGGCCGACGCUAAACACGCUGAUCAAGAUCAUCGGGAACUCUGUGGGAGCUCUGGGAAACCUCACGCUGGUGCUGGCCAUCAUCGUCUUCAUCUUCGCCGUGGUGGGCAUGCAGCUGUUCGGCAAGAACUACGAGUCGUGCGUGUGUAAGAUCUCGAAGGACUGCACUCUUCCCCGCUGGCACAUGAAGGAUUUCUUCCACUCGUUCCUCAUCGUGUUCAGGGUUCUGUGUGGCGAGUGGAUUGAGACCAUGUGGGACUGCAUGGAGGUCGCUGGUCAGCCGCUCUGCAUCCUGGUCUUCAUGUUGGUCAUGGUGAUCGGGAACCUUGUGGUGUUGAAUCUGUUCUUGGCCCUGCUCCUGAGCUCCUUCAGCGCAGAUAACCUCUCAGCUCCGGACGAAGACGGCGAGAUGAACAACCUGCAGAUCGCCAUCGCUCGCAUCCAGCGCGGGAUCCUGUGGCUGCGACAGGCCCUCUGCGACUUCUUCAACGGGAACUUCAAACGCCGGCGGCAGAAAGCCAAGGAGGCUAAAGCCAUGCUGAAGCUCAAGCGUCUCAGCCAGCAGCCGCACUGGGCGGAGGGAAACGGGACGGUCAUCGAGCGCAGCGGUGAGGACGACAGCUACAUGACAAACCCAAACCUCACCAUCAGCGUGCCCAUCGCGCCUGGAGAGUCAGACGUGGAGUCUCCUGAGGAAGAGGAGGAGGAGGAGGAGGAAGAUGAUGCCAGCGAGAGCUCAGGGGAGGAGAGGGAGGAGCCUAAACCAAGCGACGACACCAGCCUAUCAGAAGGCAGCACGAUUGACGUCAGGAAACCCGGCGAGGAGGAGGACCAAUAUUCUGAGAUGGCCGAAGAAACCAUGGAUCCAGAAAACUGCUUUCCUGACGUGUGUGUUCGGCGGUUUAAGUGCUGUGACAUCAAUACGUCCGAGGGCUUGGGCCGAGCCUGGUGGCGUCUGAGGAAGACGUGUUAUCAGAUCGUGGAGCACAGCUGGUUUGAGACCUUCAUCAUCUUCAUGAUCCUCCUCAGCAGCGGAGCUCUGGCGUUUGAAGACAUCUACAUUGAACAGAGGAAAGUGGUGAAAGUGAUCCUUGAAUACGCAGAUAAAAUCUUCACCUACAUCUUUAUCUUGGAAAUGACUUUGAAGUGGAUCGCUUACGGCUUCAGGAAAUAUUUCACCAACUACUGGUGCUGGCUGGACUUUCUCAUCGUGGAUGUGUCACUAGUCAGCCUCGUAGCAAACACGCUCGGAUACUCCGACUUCACUGCCAUCAAAUCACUCAGAACACUCAGAGCCCUCAGACCCCUGAGAGCGCUGUCCAGAUUUGAAGGCAUGAGGGUGGUGGUUAACGCUUUGAUCGGGGCCAUACCGUCCAUCAUGAACGUGCUGCUGGUGUGUCUGAUCUUCUGGCUCAUCUUCAGCAUCAUGGGUGUCAACCUGUUCGCCGGCAAGUUCGGCCGCUGCGUCAACCGGACGGGUUUCAUCUACAACUCCUCAUACAUCAACAACAAGACGGAGUGUCUGGCCAUGAACAGCACGCUGUACUACUGGAGUAAAGUCAAAGUCAACUUCGACAACGUGGCCGCCGGGUACCUCGCGCUGCUUCAAGUGGCCACUUUUAAGGGCUGGAUGGAGAUCAUGUACGCGGCGGUCGACUCACGAUCUGUGGAGGAACAGCCCAUUAAAGAGAACAGUCUGUACAUGUAUCUCUACUUCGUCAUCUUCAUCAUCUUUGGCUCUUUCUUCACUCUAAAUCUCUUCAUCGGUGUCAUCAUCGACAAUUUCAACCAGCAGAAGCGAAAGUUAGGAGGUCAGGACAUCUUCAUGACGGAAGAACAGAAGAAAUAUUAUAACGCUAUGAAGAAGCUCGGAUCCAAGAAACCACAGAAACCCAUUCCACGACCUUUGAACACACUUCAGGGAUUUUUAUUUGACCUGGUCUCCAAACAAGCGUUUGACAUCAUCAUAAUGCUCCUCAUCAUCCUCAACAUGGUGACCAUGAUGGUGGAAACGGACGAGCAGUCUCCAGGCAUCGAGUUCAUUCUCUACUACAUCAACCUGGCCUUCAUCGUCGUCUUCACCAGUGAGUGCAUCCUUAAAAUCCUCGCCCUGCGCUGUUACUACUUCACCGUCAGCUGGAACAUCUUUGACUUCGUGGUUGUCAUUCUGUCUAUUGUGGGUGUCGUUCUCGCCGACAUCAUUGAGAAAUAUUUCGUGUCGCCCACUCUGUUUCGAGUCAUCCGCUUAGCUCGGAUCGGCCGGAUCCUUCGACUCAUCCGAGGGGCCAAAGGAAUCCGAACGCUGCUCUUCGCCUUGAUGAUGUCAUUGCCGGCGCUGUUCAACAUCGGCCUCCUGCUCUUCCUUGUCAUGUUCAUCUACGCCAUCUUCGGCAUGGCCAACUUCGCCUACGUCAAGAAGCAGGGUGGCAUUGACGACAUGUUCAACUUCGAGACGUUCGGCAACAGCAUGAUCUGUCUGUUCCAGAUCACCACCUCCGCCGGCUGGGACAACCUGCUGAGCCCCAUACUGAACAACUCACCGGAGGAGUGCGACCCGGAUAUCCCCCACAUCGGCACGAACACCCGGGGCAACUGCGGCAAUCCUUCGGUGGGCAUCACGUUUUUUGUCACCUACAUCAUCAUUUCCUUCCUCAUCGUGGUCAAUAUGUACAUCGCCAUUAUUUUGGAGAAUUUCAGCGUGGCUACGGAGGAGAGCACGGAACCAUUGAGCGAGGAUGACUUCGAGAUGUUCUAUGAGGUUUGGGAGAAGUUCGACCCCGAGGCCACGCAGUUCAUAGAGUACUCCAAACUCUCGGACUUCGCCGACACACUUUCGGAGCCGCUGCGCAUCGCCAAGCCCAAUAAAAUCAAACUCAUUUCCAUGGACCUGCCCAUGGUGAGCGGAGACAAGAUUCACUGUCUGGACAUCUUAUUCGCCUUCACCAAACGCGUGCUGGGCGAGUCGGGCGAGAUGGAUGCUUUGAAACAGCAGAUGGAGGAGAAGUUCAUGAUGGCCAACCCAUCCAAGAUCUCAUACGAGCCCAUCACCACCACCCUGAGGAGGAAACAAGAGGAGGUGUCGGCCCUCAUAAUCCAAAGAGCGUACAGAAGACAUCUGAUGAGGCGGCAGCUGAAACGAGCCUCGUUACUCUACCGUCAGAUCAACAUGUCCGACUCCGCCAAAUAUGAUGGCGACAGCGUGCCAGAGGACGAGGGACUCGUGGCCUGUAUGAUCCAGGGGAACUACGGACCCGAGAUCACCCAGACGCUGUCGGCGACGUCUUCCCCCCCGUCGUAUGACAGCGUAACGCGGGCCACGAGCGAACUUUUCCAAGCUCUGAUCCCCCAAAACACGGACCUCAGUGAAACCUUGCCCUCUCCGGACAGAGACCGGCAGUCGUUUCUGUGACCAUUUGGAGGCGUUUUCUCUUUGAUUUACCGAAUGUAACAUAGAUGAAAAUACACACAGGGUUUUUGUAGGAACUCUUUGAUUUCUCUUGUGGUUCACUGUUUUUGUUUGAACCGACAAGAGAUUUCUGCACACGCUCACAGUUUGAAUGCAUGAGUGAGAUCCCUAGAGAUUAUUAUAUCAAAUAUUAGACUGAAAGAAACACAUUUUAUCAUUAAAGGUCUUACUUCAGUUGGUGUGAAUCCUUUUCACAACAGGUUUGAUGUAGAAGACAUCAGAAGUGUAAAUCUAGUGGUGUGUGUUGAUUUGGGAACGCAUGACGAAUACCUCUUUCUACGUGUCACUAGCGAUGACAAGCAGCAAAAACGCCGCUUUCCUCUUUGACACUUGUUUGCUCUUUCUGUUUGCUUUUUUUGUUCAUGUCCCAGGUACAACACACAGUGGGUUUCUAUUAAAACAAUCGCUCAGUGUCACUUCAAGGUGCAGUUACUAGUAAAAGACAAUCAGACGCGAUGGCACCGGAGCUUAAAAUCUGUCUUUACUAACUUCUAGCGAGAGAUCAUUUUCACGCCAUGGGUUUCUAUUGUGAAGUAUUUCUUUUGCAUGUUAUAAAACUGCAUGGUAUGGAGAGGCGACCACGAGAAAGACCUUCUUUUUAAAGAUGAAAACAGUUGUUUUGCACACGUAUACGUUCAGCAAUAAUUUGCUACGUUUAGGUAUAAAUGAUAACUAUGAUAUUUAUUGGAUUUAAAAAAAACGUGUCAAGGUUUCUACUGUAACGGCUUUGGGCUUUUAUUACUGGUGAAGAGCACAUGUGAUUUUCUAUUUCAGAUGUACGGUGAACGCACAGCUGGCAGGUUCGGUGAAGGGCUGUUUUAUGUAGCAAUAGUUCCCAAGUGUGCCUGAUAGAACUACAAUCCUGUGUUUAUCAUUCCACUUUCAUUUCACGUCUUCGUGACGCAUUGCAUUGCAAACCGAGACGUUCCCUUGGCUGACGAGUCAUGACAUCAUCACUUUAUGUCCCAUUCAGAGCUGUUUCAGUUUCAUGUGAUGAUGAUGAGAGAUUCUGCCAAAAAGUGCUGUAGUUAUUUUCUUUACAUACUCCCAAAAAUGAACAUUCUGUCAUCAUUUCUUCAUCCUCACGUCAUGUCAAACCUGUAUGAGUUUUUUUCUUUUUCAGAACACAGCAGAAGAUAUUUUGAAGAAUGUUGAUCAUCAAACAACACUGAACUCCAUUGACUUCCAUUGUAUGAACACAAAACCACUGAGACGUUUCUCAAAAUAUCUUUUUUUCUGUUUCACUGACAUGACAGUGAAUAAAUGAGGAGAGAAUUGUGAUUUUAGGUGACCUAUCGCUUUAAGGAAACGUAAAGAUUGCAUUUAAAGCGUUUUAGAUAAAAAUUUGGGCAGAAACUGAUUCCUGUAGUCGUUUUAAAGAGCCGAUGGUCCAGUCUAACAUCAGUAGACUCAAAUGUGCUGCUAGCAAACCUCUGGAGUCCAGUCCAGACACAUCCAUCAGUUUUACAUCAGCAAAGUGAUUUCAAUCCACUUUGAAAGCAGCAAUAAUACCCAUCAAAUCAUUGUAAAGAAUAUUUCAUUAGGACUGAAGGUCUCGUGUGUGUGUGUUUAGUGAGACGGCCGCGUGUCAGGUAACAGACUGGUGUGUAAAUAAGUAUCAGAUAUCCUUGUGUAGAUUUACGCAGAUAAGAUGUGCAGCUCACCUGUAAUUUACAGGAACCUGACACACGCGAGCCAAACACAAAAGUCACAGCUAGAACACACUGUGUCCUGUUGAACGUCUGACAGAAUUUUUGUGCAUGAUGUUUAUGACUCGACCCCAUCUUCCACUCCUGCCUUCAGGUUUGCUGGCUUCACAUUCAAUGAUUGACAUGAGAUGCACAUCAGUGGACCGGACGUCUGUUAGUCCUGGGGCCUCGUUUAUAAAACGCGCAUGCGCACAGAUUUGAUGGUAAAGCGCACGCAACGGCCAAGUAAACGGUAUUUAGCGCCACGUCAGGGUCUGAGCAGACGUAACGUUACACACUUUUGCUUGUCCGAGUGCUGCAGGUUUUGGGAUAUAUACUGUAUGUCAUUCUUGCCUCUUGUAUAGGAUUUGGACGGUGACAGGUGCUCUUUCAUAUAUCGAUGACAUUAUUAAAAGGCGGAAAUCUGAAACUGUUCAGCUGCGCGCCAUUUCACGAUCAUUUGCGGUUUGCAACACGGUCUCACGGGAAUCUAAUCUAUUUAUUCGUGUUUACUGACACGAAUUUAUCCCUUUUUUCGUGUCUGCCAGCACGACUUUCAAUCUAAUGUAUUAUAAAAUGCGCUCUCUUUCCUAUUUAUAAAUAUAUAUCAACGCAAUCUGAAGGGAAUUCAUACCUAUUUUACAAGGUGGCUCAUUCGUGUGAAUUCCUAUGAUCUCUUUUUUAUUUUUAUACUUUAUUUCAAACAUUAUACAUACAUAUAACAUCAGGGAAAGAAGACUUCACAUGUCAUAGACAGUGAACAAUAAUAUCAAAUCUUGGCUUUGCGUGCAUUAAAGUAUAUACCUGUAUACUCAAGAUAAAAGAAAAACACAAAGAUAGAUCUAAGUCAUAUUUGUAUUUCCUAGGAUCUCAUUGGUAUAUUUUGACUUUUCCCUGACGUCAGGUUUAGGGGAGCCAUUUAUCGUCGCCACCUCGUGAAACUCGCGUUUUUAGCAAUGUUUAGCCUUUGCGGCUGUGAUUUUAGGGUUUGGAGUGAAGUAAGGUGUUAGUCAGCCACAUCCUACAAUACGUACAACUUGCUUUGAUAUCAGGUUAUAAAUGUAAAUACACACGCAGUCUGUGCAUUGAAAGUCGUGCUGAGUGACAUUAAAAAAGGUCGUGCUCACUGACACGAAAAAAUGGGGAUAUUCGUGUCCAUGAACACGCAAUAAUAGAUCCCAAAAUGUCGUGUCUAUGCCACGAACUGCGGUGAGACUGGGAUUUACAGAUUUCACCUCUGAUAGAGAGGCGUACACGCGUUUUCUGUGCGUUAGUUCCUUCUAUGAAUCACACGUAGCCUACGUACUAAAAACAUUUUACAAAUGAGGCCCCUGCUGUCUGUAUGAACAUUUGAUACACAAACUUAUUCAUUUCCCACAUUAAAAAUACUGCUGUAUUUACUAUAGUAAACUGUUGUGUUUACUUUCAUAUUUACUACGGGGAGGUUCGAACACACUAUAGUAUCUAUGAAUUUGACUACAGUUCACUAUCGUAAAUAACACUUCGUGUGGGAAAUAUGCCGUCUGUUCUGGUCUACCUAUUCCAAUAAAAUAUUCCAAUGGCACUUCAUUUGGGUUCUGUUGGGUAAAAACUAAAUGUAAAUUAAUGACUGUCAAUCAAUAGCAAAACCAACUAUAUUAGGGAUGCUGCAGGGUCACAUUUGUGAAGACAUGAAGGUGAACUUCUAGCUUUCUUCCGCUGAAGUUGAACAAGAUUUACAGUCGCCAUCAAAUCAAAACUGACAGGAUUCAUUUUUCUCAUAUGCAGUUCAGUCCCCAUUUCUCAUCAGAGCAUGUAUUUACAAAGUCAACACGAAUCUUUAUUCAUGUUUUAUCAAAAUGUAAGAUGUCAUUCCACUUCUAGAAACGGUUUCUUGUUUUAUUUGUCAACCCUGUUAAACAGGUUUAGCUCUCACCAUCCUACCGCCGUCUGAUGAAACCAGUUCAAGUUCUGUUAAAUGUGUCGUGAACACCCUUCACGUUGACUUAAAUCAAAGAAAGAUAAGCGAUAAAACAGAUAUUUCUCUAAAAGAUCAAUAACAUUAGCGAGUGGUGUGCGAUGCCUUUGAUUUCAACUUUUGCACAGGAGACGAGCCAUACGUCUUUAGUGAGAAGGUUUCAGCCUUAUUUGCGUGCGAAAUGUGUUGCUUCUGUUGUAGUUGUGCUGACGUGAUUCUUUCAGAUGGCUGCAGAGCAGAUUUACUCAGACGUUCAGACAGGCGACGUGCGACCCCCUUCUGCUCGACUCUCAAACCAGAGAGUCUCUCCGCUCUACUCUCAGAACAAAGCACACAGACUCUGUUCCAAAAACCUCACCGAGCUCCUUACGUCAACCCACCAGACUCGACCCCGUUUUAUCUACUAAAUUCUCUCAAGUGCAUAAAAAUCAUAUCUACAGCUGUUUUAAUAAAACCACAUUUCUUAUACUUCUUCAUCUCUGAUGAAUUGCUUUAUUUUUUUCACUCUCGUAAAACACUUUGGAUUAAAGCGUCUGCGUACAUGUAAAUCUUGGAUUUUGCGCACAGAGCUUGUCACAAUAUUUUUGAAGAAAUUGCACAUGCAGUGCCGUCUUUGCAUCCAAGAUGUCUACAUAGCCAGCUCACAAAAAGUCAAAACAGAGCUUACAGCAACACAAAAAGUAAUUUUACUCCUUUCAAGACAAAAGAUGAAGUAACACAUGCAAAACGUUUGAAUCAAAUCUUGUAAUAAUGAGAUGACGAUGCUUUAUGGCUGAACCUCAUAUAUUGUUAGGUGAAAACAUGAAGAAACGAGUCCAAAUGUUUUACAAGCCAACAAACAUGCCAAAAGAGCCCUCUUUGUGAAAGACAUUCAGUUUUGCAGAGAUUUUUGAAUACUGAGACACUGACUGUCAUUCUGAAGAAUCUCACACAUAUUUAUAAAGCAAAUGUCUUUUUGCCACCCGUUUUCUUUCUUUCUUUCUUUCUUUCUUUCUUUCUUUCUUUCUUUCUUUCUUUCUUUCUUUCUUUCUUUCUUUCUUUCUUUCUUUCUUUCUUUCUUUCUUUCUUUCUUUCUUUCUUUCUUUCUUUCUUUCUUUCUUUCUUUCUUUCUUUCUUUCUUUCUUUUUGUUGUGCAUUGAUGGUAAAGUUGUGAAUGAAUGUGAUUCAUGCAGUAUGUAUUUUAUCACCCACAGUGAAGCACAGGGACAUUUUCUAUUUACUGUUUGUUUCAAAACAAAAUACUCAUUUGUGCGAUACAAGAGCAUUUGUCAGAUAUGGUAAUUAAAAGGCAUAUUUUAUCUAUGCUUUCUAUAUAAAUAUAUAUAUAUAUAGAUGUAUGUAUUGUACAAAUCUCAUUUAUCUUGAAGCGAGUGUAUUUUAUAAGGUAGAAUUUGCUGUAUUUACCUGCUGUUUUUUAUUUCCACUUUUUUUGUAAGAAACAAAAGUCCAACCCUCACCUUGUAGGGGAUUUGUGCUCCGUGUGAUGCGAGGUGCAAGGACAGUGCGUUUGAAGACAGCUGGUCUGGGAUCAGGUUUCCCGAGGUUAAAAUCUGAACUAGUAGCCAGUAUAGAUGACCAAACAGAUCCUGGGUCAGUUUCUCUUCCGAGUCAGAGGAUCAUCAGACACUUCACCCAUCGAGAGAGAACAUUUGGUGUCUGUUGAUGUCUUUCAUCUCGACACGUCAGGGCUUGCAUGCAGCGGCACUGCGGCACUACACUUCUCUCUCAGCGAGCGUUCAGAUUGUACAUUUAUUCCUUCAUUUGUUUGCUAGUUUGUGAAUGAGAAAUGGACGGUUGUCCGCUGUAGUUCUCGUGAUGAGGACGUGUUAUGUGUUGUAAAGGAAUUCCCACUUCUUGAGACAGCGUUGUUGCCAAUUAGAUCAUCAUGUACAUCAAUAGUCAAAUAAACAAUAGGAUUAAUUCUCGUGGUGACUUUGUCUUUCUCUU